AUGUCUUCGCACUUAGUCUUCGUAGCUCAAGAUGGAUCUGGCAACGCAAGUCCGUCACAACGACAAGCCAUCCGAAGCCAGUGCAUGAAAGGCCGGAACAAACGAGGUGAUUCACGUCGAUCAAUGCGGGAAAAGGCCAAAGAUCAGCGGAAGGAAGCUCAUGAAGAUACCAAUGUGCUGCAUUCAAGAAAGCAGACUUGGUGUCCGAAUGAUGCCAACGCGGCCGCUAUCCGUCGAGAGAGCAACCAAAACCAAGCCAUUUGCUUAUCUGCGGCAGCUCAUUCAUGCCCGUCAACAUCUGCUCACGCGAAUUAUUGUCACCCAGAAAGAUCUAGCCUAAGAUUUACUGCUCUGGCUGGCGACCUCAGCAGCGAGUCCGAGAGACUCAUGUCUGACUUUCUGGCUUAUGGCGCCUUCAGGAAUGGAGCUUACCCGGUCGAGCUCUGCGUGGACUUCAAGACAGUCGAAGGUGCCUACAUACCGUGGCUGUUCACAGACCAAGCGUUUGUUUCAUCGGUGUUGUUUUCAUCCUCCGCCAUGCACGACUUCUUGCUAGGACGACAGCUUACAACGGAUACGUUGUACCGCCUCCGACAGACUAUCGUAUUGCUGAACGUGAGGCUUGCUUGGCCUGAGUCGCAAUGCUCGGACUCGACUCUGUAUAUCGUCAUAACGCUGGCAAUGCUUGCCGCCAUAUUUGGGGACAAGUCUGCAGCAGCGAAACACCUGGCUGGUCUUAGUCGUAUCGUCGAGUUGAGAGGCGGUCGAAAGUUUCUCCUUCGGAAUACCAAGAAGCAUUAUAAGCUGAGCAGUAUGGAUUUGAUCUGGUCUGCUCACGCUGGGAGUGCUCUAUAUUUCCCGUGCGACGAGCUUAGCUGGAGUGGCGCCCUUGUCGGCCCUCGUUACUACAAUAUUGCUCAAGCUAAUCUCGGGAUUAUGCCACCACAAACCGACAGAAAGCUAUGCAAGAUCUAUGACGACCUGAGCUACCUGUCGCGCCUACUCAAUGAGGCCUUUGAAAGAGGGAAGAAGCUCGACGGCGAUAGCUUUCAGCAUUGGUUCAGCUCUAUACAAUCACGUCUCGUAGACUUGAAGUGUACUCCUGACGAUUUGAGCUCCGAAUGCAUACGCUUGGGCAUGAUCGCGUACCUAUCGGCGACGUUCCAGUUGCCGGGAAGACGGAUGGAACUUCAGUAUCUGGCUUCGCACUUCUGCAGGGCGCUUCUUACCUCGUUCAAGACGUCGAGUAUAAGUGGUCCGCUGCUGCAAUGGCUUGUUGUCGUCGGCGUCGCCACCGUCUUCGAUGCACGAGAAGCAUGGAUUCAAGAAGCGUGGUGGAGCAGCAACCCUGGGAUCGAAUCCUGGGACGAGAUGCGAGCAAUAAUGGAGUCGGUCAUGUGGAUCAGCUGUGUGCAUGAUGGUCCUGGUAAGCAAGCCUUUACUGCGCUGAGUAGACCCGCUUCAGAACAAACAUAG